CGUCACGGACUGACAGCUGACAAACAAUAUGGCGACUAGGGCUGUAGUAUCCGUCACUUUGCACUUUUCUACUUUGCCCCUAUUUUGGUCCCGCAUUUUUUAUUUUUUUUCCCAAUCGACAUUGUAAAAAAACGUUGGCAAAGCAAUUCAUCGUUCACAGUUGCAAAAUGUAUGUGUUCGCGUUUCAUAAAUCGAUAACAAUGUGAGGAAAGACAAUAUCGUGAAUAAAACUUUUGCAAGAGGAAUGAGUUAAUGUAUGUCACGACGGCGGGACAUCACGUAUUGCAAGGAAAAUUUGAAAAAAUAAACCACUCGCUGUGCGAUAAAAUUUCGGUCAACGAUAAAACUUUUCAUUUUAUCAAAGCAAUAACCAACGAUGGAUAGAAACAAUCGUACUUUGAGACUCUAUUUUGCAACUUGGAACGUUGCAACUAAGUAUCCAGAUGGAGAUCCCUACGAAAUGCUUGGAAUUCAUGAAAAUGGUUCAGACAACUUACCCGAUUUCUUUAUUGUUGGUUUACAGGAAGUUAAAGCCCAACCACAAAAUAUGGUGAUGGAUAUAUUUUUUGAAGAUCCGUGGACCAAGUGUUUCAGGGAAAUCUUGAAAAAGAAGGAUUAUAUUAAAAUUCGUACACAAAAAUUACAGGGACUGGUGUUAAAUAUAUUUUGUCUGAGAAAACACCUAACACACUUGCGUGAGAUAGAGGCUCGUUAUACAAAGACAGGAUUAGGCGGAAUGUGGGGCAAUAAGGGUGCUGUGAGUGUUCGUUUAAACAUUUACGGUGUCAGUAUUUGCAUUAUAAAUACACAUUUGACUCCGCAUGAUCAUCUUCUCGCAGAUCGAAUCUCUGAUUAUAAUACAAUACUACGGGAUCAUGUUUUCAACGUCGCUGAAACUCGCAAUAUUUUAUAUCACGAUUACACUUUUUGGAUCGGUGACUUGAAUUUUCGACUGCAUGGUGAAGAUCUCACUGCGGAGGACAUAGAUUUAUUGGUAAAGAAAAAGCAAUUGGAUCUUUUACUUGCCAGGGAUCAACUUAGAAUGGUAAUAGAAAACGGAGAAGCCUUUGGUGAAUUGACAGAGGCAGAAAUCACAUUCCCGCCUACAUAUAAGUUUGAGUUUGCUUCGCAAAACUACGACCUCAAACGAAGGCCGUCGUGGACGGAUAGAAUAUUGUACAAAGUGAAUGCAGACGUUUAUGAGGAUGUCAAAUUGAAAGCGACUCAACGAAGUUACAAGAGUCACCCUAAUUACGUGCUUUCUGAUCACAAACCCGUGACUGCUGAGUUCGAUAUCACGAUUCGACCAGAAUUUGAAGUUUGCGGAGUGGAAUUUCAGUUUGUGACUCAGUGGUUUGUGAAUGAGGAAAAUUCCGUAUCUUACAAGCUUGCGGGCGACGCCCGUUCGACUAGCGGCGAUUGGAUCGGUUUGUUUCACGAGGGAUUUUCGAGUCUCGACGAUUAUCUCGUUUACGAGUACGUCGGCCACGGCAAAACAAACAUCGGUGUACAAUCCACGGUGGAGCCGCACGCGAUAACUGAGCGAAUAUUUUUCAGCGACACAGCGUUGAGAGCGCCGGGAAUGUAUCGUCUCGUUUACGUGGCACAACGUGGGGAUGGAAUUACGGGAAUUUUGGGGAUGAGUCCUCCGUUUCCGGGUCACAGAAGGCUUAACGAGCGAGCGAGUGAAGCAACCAGCGUUAACUAAUUUUAGGCGAUAUUUAUAGUAUACAAAAACAAACAAAUUAGAAAACAUAAAUCGCUUUAAAAAAAACACCUCGCAAACGUUUGAACGGCUUACGAUCGAGCUUAAAAGCGAUAUAUCGAUGUACUGCGGGCGAGUGAAAUUACUCGAAGGAUACACUUGCGCUUAAACUGCGAAAUCGGAAAAUCUAAGGCUGCUGCUGCAAACACACGACAUUAUGGGAACUUUUUCGUGUUCCUAUGUUUUGAGCUUACUUUAUGUACCUGUUGAUGCAAAUUUCGUACCGAGGAUGAGCAACAUCAAAUUUAUCCACAAACUGACCAUUUCAAUUUAUGUUCAUUCAAAUCUGUAUUAUUUAUUAUUCGAAUAGUUUAUGUACCAGUGAUUUUUUGAAUGGUGUUUUUUUUUUUCUUAAAUUAUCUACGUCCCAGCAUAUUCUUUUACGAAUAAAUUCGAGCGUGAGGGAACGACAAAGCUUGCCUUUGCCAAAGUGGCACUUUUUACCUUUCGUCGUCAAAGUUUGGCGAGUACUUAAUUAAGACAGGGACUUUUGUUAGUAAACAGUUUGAGAAACUGCAGGUUUCGAGAAUUAUUGAUAACAUGUUGUACAUUCGUGGUUCGUGUGACGCGAAAAUUGCUUUUCAUAGGAGAAAAUGCAAAUUGCUUACCUCACCGUGUGAGCCAAUGAUAUCACAUUAUUUUUAUUGUUUUCAUGAGAUUUUUACUAGGGAACAGAACGAACAAAUUAGUAUAUAUUUUUAUUUUAAAUAUAAUACAAUUAUUAAGGGGAAGAAAUGAUAUGGGGAAUCAAAAGUACAUGUAAAUAUAUGCAGACAUGUGUAUAUUUGAUGUAGAUGAAAUUGUACGAAUGGGCUGUGGAAUAAAAGAAAAAUAAUAGUAUUUUCAUACAAA